AAAAAAAGUCAACUAAGCAUAGACAAAAAUCCAACUCUCUCUCUCUCUCUCUCCCUAUAUAUAUAUAUAUAUGAAUCAGUCCCGAACAUUGAAAGAAUCUCGGAAGUUUCCUCCCGCGGAUCCUUCUCUGCUAAGGAAUUUCUCCUUCUCUCUCUCUUUCUCGGUCAUCAAACAGUCUUAGGGCAUAUAUAAAACGUAAAUUUAAAGAUGAAGGAGGGAGAAGUAGAGAAUACAAUUGAAUAGAAUGGGGCAACAGCAAUCCAAAGACGAGUUACUGUAUGAGAACACCAUUGAUGGAAACAUUGAAGCUAUCAAAGCUCUCCGCAGUCAAGGUGCAGGCCUCGAGUGGAUUGACAAAGAAGGAAAGACCCCACUCAUUGUUGCUUGCAUGAAUCCUGAACAAUACAUUCUGGCCAAGCUUUUGAUCGAACUAGGUGCAAAUGUCAAUGCUUACCGUCCAGGGCGUCAUGCUGGUACUCCUUUACAUCAUGCAGCAAAAAGAGGCUUGGAUAAGAUGGUUAUGUUGCUUUUGUCCCAUGGAGCAAAUCCUUUAGUGAGGAAUGAUGAUUGUCAAACUCCACUUAAUAUUGCUAGAUUAAGAGGGUUCACCAAUGUAGUUCGUGCUAUUGAGAGUCACGUUUGCUUUUUCUCUGGCUGGCUAAGGGAGUUUUAUGGUCCAGGCUUUCUUGAAGCAUUAGCUCCACAGUUGUUAUCAAGGAAGAUUUGGGUUGUCAUUAUACCUUGUGGGUCCCAUAAUCCUUCGAAGCCUAUGAAAUUGGAGCUAGUCAUUUAUUCUACUUUGCAGGAUGCCCAGCCUCGCACAGUUAUUGCUUUGUGGAAGGCUCAUAUUGAGGAACCAAAAUUCCACCUAUCAGAUCCUACGCUGAUAAUUUUUGACCAGUCCACCCAAACUCGAUACAAGUUUGCAUCUGCCAGUGAAGCAGAAAAACAUCAAAUUCAAUCAUUAUACAAUGCAUGCAGAGGAAUUCCACAGGUUAUGCCUCCCCCAGUACCACAUGAUACCCAAACUUCAGCUCCAACAAUUGCAAGUCAAGUCGAUGCAGAAGCAGCAGAGUUAGCAAUGGCAAUAAGUGCUUCAAUUCAGUCUGCUAUGGAGGAUGGACUACCGCUUUGCCCCAACGACCACCCCAGCUUCCAAGCUAACAACAUAAAUGGUUGGGACAAUACUGCAAAUGACACUAGGCAAAAUGGAUGGGGCUCAUACGGUCGGUCCCCACCGUCAGAAGCAAGCAGCAGUGGAUGGAAGGAUGAGCCAACUAAAGAAGAGUACAAUGGAUGGGGUGGGCCCAAAUCCAAGCCUACUAACAAUCCGUUUCAAACUACUCAUACGUCACAUGAUAUUCCUCCUCCAGUCCAAACAACCAAUACAAUUCCUUCAGCUCCUCUGAGUCCUUUGGAUGUUUUAAGCGAAGGCCCAAUUCACUAUCCCUCUAUUGAUUUCAGCCCCGUGGACUUGUCUAUUCCUAAUGUGGAAGACGAAGAAGCUUCUAGAACAAACGAAGCUAAAGAUGGAGAUGGUUCUGCCUCUUGCGUGAUAUGUUGGGAAGCUCCGGUGGAGGGAGCAUGCAUUCCGUGUGGUCACAUGGCAGGUUGCAUGUCAUGUUUGAAUGAGAUAAAAAUGAAGAAAGGGGAUUGCCCUGUUUGCCGAGCCAAGAUAAAUCAGGUCAUAAGGCUCUAUGCUGUUUAAAGGAACAAAGCUGGAUAUCAUGCUCAGGGUUUGGAGGGUGAUGAAGGUGUGAUUUAUUUUUUGAAUCUCUAUUUUUGAUCCAUGGGUUUUGCACUAUACAUGUUGUACGUACUCUGUUUAUUACUGUAUUGGGUUUAUUGUAAAGACUACGUACAUCAAAAACCAAAUCAUUUAACGGCUUAAGUUAUAUGAUCUUGUACAAAAUAAUUUUAUGAUUGAAACGCUUGCACAAAGAUUAAAAAAUAUUUGAGUUUGUGAU